AUGGAGUCAUAUAUUAAAUUUUUCGAUAUCAUCUUGGUUAUUUGCUUGAUGAUCUCCAAUGGCUUUCUCAUUGCUGUAGCUGGAAAUUAUGACUAUAAAGAUGCUCUCACUAAGUCAUUGAUGUUUCUUGAAGCUCAAAGAUCAGGAAAGCUCCCACAAAAUAAUAGGAUUCCAUGGAGAGGAGACUCUGGCCUUGAUGAUGGACAACUUGGUCAUGUGGACCUUGUGGGAGGAUACUACGAUGCAGGAGACAAUGUAAAAUAUGGCUUGCCCAUGGCUUUUACAGUCACAACUCUAGCAUGGGCUGCUCUUCAUUAUAACCAAGAAUUACAAGCUACAAAUGAGCUACAAAAUGUUCAUUCAGCUAUCCGUUGGGGAACCGAUUAUUUCCUAAAAUGCAGUGUCAAGAAAAACCGAUUAUACGUUCAGGUGGGUGACCCGGAUGCGGAUCAUGCGUGCUGGAUCCGACCCGAGAACAUGCAGACACCGAGAACUCUUUAUAAGAUUAGUGAAAAUAUGCCUGGAACUGAGAUUGCAGCUGAGACUGCUGCUGCUAUGGCUGCAGCUUCUAUGGUUUUUAGGAAAUUUGAUUAUGGAUAUUCUUGUCGCCUUUUAAACAAAGCAAAACUGCUCUUUGAAUUUGCCAAGCAACACAAAGGAUCCUAUGAUGGAGAAUGUCCCUUCUACUGUUCAUUUUCAGGCUACAACGAUGAGCUAUUGUGGGCUGCUUCAUGGUUAUACCUUGCAACAAAAAAUACCAUGUAUCAGAAAUUUAUAGCUUAUGAAGCCAUAAGCUCUAGCGUGGCUGAAUUCAGUUGGGAUCUCAAAUAUGCUGGUGCUCAGAUUCUUCUCUCUGAGAAUAACCUCACUGCUCAGGGCGGCCUAACAAAUUUCAAGGAACAAGCGGAUAAUUUCGUGUGCCAAAUACUACCAGAUACGCCAUUUAAAACAAUUACACUAACAAAGGGUGGAAUGAUACAUUUUCGUGACGGAGCAAACUCUCAGUAUGUCACAGGGACUGCGUUUUUGUUCAUGAUUUAUAGUGAUAUUCUGAGCCAAAGCCAUCAAACUGUCAGAUGUGGAGCUCAAGAGAUUCAACCUGCUAGACUUAUGGAGUUUGCUAAGCAGCAGAUGGACUAUCUUCUUGGUAGCAACCCUAAUGGCAGAUCCUAUAUGGUUGGGUUCGGUUUCAACCCUCCGACACAACCGCACCACCGGGGAGCGUCGGUCCCCGUCCUCCCGCCAAACAUGACGGUGAAUUGUGCCAUGAGCUUCGUGCAGUUCUUCAACAAGGAUGGUCCCAACGUCAACGAGCUCACCGGAGCCAUCGUCGGCGGUCCUGAUAUCAAUGAUGAGUUUGUGGAUGAAGUGAUGAGCUCUUCUUAUACCGAGCCUUGCACAUAUAUCAAUUCCCUUGCGGUUGGACCUCUCGCUAAGCUUGCGGUGCUUAACCCUUGA